CCCACCCCACCCCAUCCCACCCUAACCCUCUUUAAAUAAAGAACCUUCCUUCUUCAUUCCCAACCUUCCCAAAAGCCCAAAAUCAUCUCUCAAAUCUCAAUCCCCCAAAAAAAUGGCUAAGGGAGGCAAACUCACAAAGCUGAAAUCAGUGCUGAAGAAAAUGCAGUCUUUUAAGCUUAGCCGUGCCAGCAGCAGCAGCUCUAUUGUUGCCACCAACAACUUCUCUGAUGAUGAGUGCUCGUAUGCCAAAAAUCUCCACCCUGUCUACGUCGGCAAGUCACGGCGGCGCUAUAUGAUCACUUCCGACUUGUUGGACAAUCCUCUGUUCCGGGAACUCGUGGAACAUUCCGGCGACGGAGAGGACACGAUCACCGUUGGAUGUGAAGUUGUGAUGUUUGAACACUUGCUGUGGAUGCUUGAAAAUGGUGAUCCUCAGCCGGAGUCACUGGAGGAGUUGGUGGAGUUCUAUGCAUGUUGAAAAAUUUACUGCAGGGUGAAUGGGUAUAUAUUGAUGUAAUUUUUUUUUAUUUUUUUUUUCACUGAGUGAUUUGCGGUGUAGAAGAUAAACAAAUUGAGAUAUGUCUUUCCCAUUGAAUUGUGAGUAGUGAGUGUUGAUUAACCCAUUUUUACAUGGCUAAUCUUAAUUAAGGUAUGGCUUAAUUAUUGGGUUUAAUUUGAAAUUUAUAUAUUUAAUAUUUGUUUAAGGUUUUUAUGUAUGUAUAUAUGUAUGUAAAAGAUUGAAUGGAAGAAUUUGUACAAGGGAGUUAAUUUA